AUGCUCCUGGAAAAAAGCGCUGAUGCCAACAUUCCAAGUGACAACCAGUGGACAGCUCUACAUUCUGCCUCGCUCAAGGACGACCAGAAAAUUGUACUCAUGCUACUUGACCACGGAGCAAAGAUUGAUUAUCCCACCAAUUACGGAUGGACCCCAUUGUUAACUGCCUCGUUGGAAGGUUACCACGACGUUGCGAAGCUCGUUCUUGAAUCCGAGGCGAAUGCAAACUAUGCAGAUGUGGAUGGAUAG